CUGGUGUGUUAAUUAUCCGUGUGCGAAAUGGUAUGCAAUGUCGUGUAUGUAAGUGUCGGCUGGCUCGAGGAUACACGAGGGAAAGUCGAUCUGAUUAGGGCUGUUUGGGAACAGCUGCGGCUCCAGACACAGGGCGCCACGAUAGGGAUACACCUUGCCGCCCUUGCCAACCAGCGUACCUGAUAAAACACACAACACAAUACAACACACGAGAUGCGUCGGCUGGGUGUACCGUCGAGGAAAUUUCCCGAGUAGAAUUGGAUGCCAGGCUGGUUGGUGUGGACCUCCAUCACACGACCGCUCAUCGGCGCCCUCAACGUGGCCACGCGACGGGCCGAAGACACCAGGCCGCCUCGCAAGCAGAAAUUGUGGUCAUACCUAAAUGAUCACAGGACAGUAACCAAUAGACGUGACACGCACAUCGGUGGCUCCCAUCGGCCUUGUCCCACCCACCCACCCGAGUCCAUUCUUGAGCUGGUCGUCCGUGUCGCCUCUGUCAAUGCGGUCGCCGAUGGGUGUGGGGGCGCUGAAGUCGAAGUUGGUGCCCUCGACAGGCCGUAUGGCGCCCAGUGGGAUGGACACCUCAUUGAUGGGCGUGAAGCUGCCCGCCUCGAUCUGCAGCUCGUGCUGCAGUAUCGUGCCCUCGCCGUGGCCCUCGAGGUUGAAAUACGAGUGAUUGGUCAAGUUGACCUGCACAUACAUACACACGGGCGGAACAUCCAUCCGUCGACACGAGCUCGUCAUCCUUGGCGUGCGCGUGUCCCCCUCCCAUCCCCACUCACCACCGUCUUGGCCUUGGUCGUCGCCUCGAUGUGGAGCCGCAGACAGUUUGGUUCCAACCGAUAUGUGGCAGUGACGGUGAGCUCGCCAGGAAAGCCCUCCUCACCGUCGGCACUGACAUACUCGAGCCUCAGCUGAGUGUCGGAUGCAUCGAGCAUGCGCCAGAGUUUCUUAUCGAAGCCCUCCGCCCCGCCGUGCAGCAUGUUGGGAGGGUCGUUCUUGGUGACUUUGAUGGUGCGGCCGUCAAGGGUGAAGGUUGCGUCACUGAUGCGGUUGGCAUACCGACCAACAAUGCAACCAAAGUAUGGACCUACAGGAAAUGAACACACGACGCGCAGAGCGGCGAACACCUGAGUGUCGGCGCACAGCAUGUGAUCUGUUUACUCUGGGUCUCGUAGUCAUUUGCACUGUCAAAUCCGCACACGAUGUCACCGUAGCUGAAAGUGUACACACACAUAGUCGCGCGAUGCACGUCUCGUCCUUCUCUCCAGUUAACCAACUUACUUUCCGUGUUUGUCUUUGGUCCGGAUAGCUACGACUGUGGCUCCAUAGUCUGUGAUGCUCACGGCCUCUAUCUCAGAACCGGCAGGAUUCUGCCACACACAAACGGACACACCAGUUCAUCAGCUGAUCUUGGCAGAUCUUCGUGUUUUUUCUCACCUUCAGCAUGAACAGCUUUGCCGCGCCAUGGCGGCAGCUUCCAAAUGACGUCAUCCUCCC